AUGGCGCCAUCGAUGCUUCACCCUCUCGCUCAGCUUUCCCAAGAAGAGUUUAUCCUAGCUCGCAAUUGUGUGCUGAAACAUCAUGGGUCAGGAACUUCUCUCUUCUUCCGCUCUAUUCAGCUCCAAGAGCCCAAGAAGGAAGACCUCGUGCCGUUUCUAGUCGCCGAACAUGAUGGCAGUCUGACUGAGACUACACCUCGCCCUGCGAGAUGCGCUCAGGUUGAAUACGACAUCAUAGCCGAUACGAGAGACUACACCCGCACUAUUGUUAAUGUGGAUAAAGGAGAGGUUGUCUCUAAAGAUGUCCUUGAGAAGAAUGCCCACCCAAACAUGGCAACAUAUGAGGUCGAGACCUUCCAAGAUGCAUGUGUAGAAUCACAACUCUUCAAGGAUGCCAUGUCAGAGUUCACACUGCCAGAAGGUUUUGCUGUAUGCAUCGAUCCUUGGCCCUACGGCGGAACAUUUGAUGAUGGCUAUCCUUCGCGUUAUAUGCAAGGCCUAGUUUUCGGAAAGAAUAUGUCCAACAACAACCCUGACUCGAACCACUAUGCAUAUCCUAUCCCUAUCAUUCCGGUCAUGGAUAUGGAGACCAAGGCCAUCAUUCGGGUUGAUCGUCUUGCUACAGGCAGCUCGGACGAUGACUUUGAGGCAAAGGAAAGGAGUGUAUCGCCGACGAAACUAUUUCAGAACAGUCACGCUGCAGAGUAUGUACCGGAAUUGCUGGACAGACCUCUUCGUGAGGGCCUGAAGCCUCUCAAUGUGACGCAGCCAGAGGGUGCUUCAUUCACGAUCUCGUCUGAUGGCCUUGUCGAAUGGCAGAAGUGGCGCUUCCGUCUCAGCUUUACUCCACGUGAGGGCGCUGUUCUUCACGAUAUCUGCUACGAGAACCGAAGUAUCCUGUACCGCCUUAGUUACAGUGAACUUACUGUUCCCUACAGUGAUCCUCGUCCACAUUUCCAUCGCAAGCAUGCCUUCGAUCUUGGAGACGGAGGAGUUGGAAGAGCUGCCAACAAUCUCCAGCUUGGUUGCGAUUGCCUUGGAGCCAUUCAUUAUGUUGACUCGUACCUUGCCAGCCCAGAAGGUAUGCCAACGCCUGCGAAGUCUGUCAUCUGCUUGCACGAGCAAGACAAUGGUGUCCUGUGGAAACAUACCAACUUCCGUACCAACCGAGCUGUUGUCACGCGGAUGAGAGAGCUGGUUGUCCAAUUCAUAGUCACGCUGGCUAACUAUGAGUACAUCUUCGCAUAUAAGCUUGAUCUUGCUGGAAAUAUCACCAUCGAGACUCGCGCAACCGGUGUUGUCAGUGUUGUUGGAAUAGACGAGGGCAAGACCAGUCGAUACGGUAAUAUCGUUGCGCCCGGUGUUCUGGCGCAGAAUCAUCAGCACAUCUUCUCGGUGCGUAUUGAUCCAGCUGUCGAUUCGUACAGCGCCGAGGAUGUGCAGGUCAUUGUAGAAGAGAGCGUUGGAAGACCUAUCGACCCAAAGACCAACCCAAGGGGCAACCUGUAUGAAGUCGAGCGCAAGAAAGUAUCGAAGGCUUCGUGGACAGAUGCGGAGCCACGUUUGAACCGUCUCAUCAAGCUGGAGCAUGCUUCAAAGCGAAAUGCUAUGUCGGGUCGUCCUGUCGCAUACAAGCUCAUACCACCAGCAACGCAAAUGAUGUUGGCAGAUGCGGAGAGUGUGGCUGCUGCGAGAGCUCCAUUUGCUCAUCAUAAUGUCUGGUUCACUGGUUAUCGUGACGGCGAGCUCUGGGCAGCAGGAGAGUUUACGAAUCAGAGUAAGGAAGAAGUUGGGGGAGUGUCGGACAUGGUGAAGAGAGGGGACUGGUUCACGGAUGAAGACAGAGUAGAGACAACAAACGGCAAUAGUGAAGACCACAAGAAAGGGCGACGCAGUAGUCCUGUCGUUUGGGUAUCUUUCGGUCUCACUCACAACCCGAGAGUUGAAGACUGGCCUGUUAUGCCGGUUGAAACGCACCAGAUACAUCUUCGUCCUGCUGAUUUCUUUACGUCUAAUCCCGCCUUGGAUGUUCCAUCAACCAAGAACGAGAGCAGUGUAUUGGUAUCUUGCUGUGAUAGAAUCAAGACUACUGAACAAGUGAAGAAGCCUUUGGUGCAGGAGAACCCCGUGGGUCAUCUUCAGGGAGGUGGCAAUGGCAUUGAGGCAAGGAUUGCCGGUGCUCAUGUCGAUGAUGGAGUAAAAGCUUGA